AUUGCUCGCCGCUGAUUGGUCGAGACUGCCUGCGCUGCGUCGCUGCUGGCGAAUUGGUAUAAAAGGGCAAUCAUCGCGACUUGUGUGCUCAAUUAAGGCCACAGUCACAGACUCGAACGGUUGAUCGUGCCCGGAGCUGGCUUUUUUUUGGCAGCGAGCGACUGAGUGUUAAAAGGAGCGGCAAAUGCAAUUGCGCGUGCGCCAAAAACUAAAUGCAAUUAAUUCAUUUACAACAAUUAGCGGCAAAUUGAUUUUGAUUUUGAUUUUGGCUUUGCGCGCACUUUGAUUAAAAACUAAAUGGAUUAACACUAAAACAAACUCUGAGUGCGUAACGGUAAUUGUGUGUGUGUGUGUUAGUGUGUGUGUGUGCGUUCCUUUGAAAUGGAGCACGCCGGCUUCGAUGAUCAAAUCUUCGGGGACUUCAGCAGCGGCCCACUAAGUCCACUGGGCGCCAGCAAACCCCUUCUGCCGACCUCCACGGCAACGGUCACGCACAGCAGCCUGCAUCCUGUGAUGCUCGGCAGCGUCGUCCACGAGCUGUGCAGUCAGCAGCAGCAGCAGCAGCAGCAGCGACUGCCGGAUUGCAAUACCAUACUCCCGAAUGGAGGCGGCGGCGGCUCGGGAUCGCCAAACUAUGGACUUGGCAACAAGAUGGGCUGCUUUUCGCCCAGCCAGAAAUACGAGUAUAUAACGACGCCCCAGAAGCUGGUCGAGCAGCAGCAGCAGCAGCAGCAGCAACAGCCCCAGCAACAUCAUCAGCACUACGCCGUAACGCCGCCGCCUCCGCUCUCCCAUCCCCACAAUCCCCACAAUGGCAUGCUGCAGCAUAAGCCCAGCCAGCAGCAACAGCAGCAGCAGCAGCAGCAGCAGCAGCUGGUGGGGAUCAUGAGCGACUAUCAUACGAUGAACAGCAAGCUGGAGUAUUCGCCGAAGGAUCCGUAUGAGCCGCAGCAGCACGUUCAGCUGCAGCAUCAGCAGCAGCAUCAGCUGUACGGCGGCAGUCCGCAUCACAGUCAUGCUCACGGGCACGUGGCCCAUGUCCAUGAGGAUGCCGGCAAUGGCAACGGACUGCUCGAGUCGUCGCCGCUGCUGCUCGGCGGCACGUCCAGCGGCAAGCACAAGAAGCCGGAUGAUAUGUGCGUACAGCUGGAGAACGGAUCGUCUACGCCCAACGGCAUCGCCAAUGGCAAUCCCAACAGCAGCAGCAGCGGCAGCAGCGCCAGCAACAACAACAACAACAACAAUAAUAAUAAUGUGGCCAACAAUUCCUCCGUUCCGGCGAAUGGCGGAGCGGGCGCAGGAGGCGCUGCUGGCGGCGGCGGCGCUGCUGGCGUCGUCCCUGUGACAGCUGCCAAAAAGGACAACAACAACAAGAAGAAGGGCGAUCCGAAUGGCAUCAAAAAGAAGAAAACGAGAACUACGUUCACGGCUUAUCAGCUGGAGGAAUUGGAGCGUGCUUUUGAGCGUGCCCCGUAUCCGGAUGUGUUUGCGCGCGAGGAGUUGGCGAUUAAGCUGAAUCUGAGCGAGUCCCGGGUGCAGGUUUGGUUCCAGAAUCGGCGGGCCAAGUGGCGCAAGCAUGAGCCACCCCGGAAGACGGGCUACAUCAAGACGAAUACGCCGCCGACGGCGGCACUGAAUAGCACAUUGGCACCGCCGUUUGCCAGUUUCCCGCAGACGACAACGGUCACGCCGCCGGGCAGCAUGGACAGCUGGACAAGCUAUCAGACACCCUACGAGCUGAGUCCACAGUUCAGCCUGCUCUCGCCGGCGGCCAGUCCCUACGGCACCUAUUCCGGCCAGUACGGCACCUACGUGCACGAGAGCCAACUCUUCCCCAUGCGCCACUUCGACUACGGCAGCCCGCCACGCAUCGAUAUGAACGGUGCCGGCGGCGGCGGCGGCGGCGGCGGCGGCGGCGGCGGCGGCGGCGGCGGCGUCGGCACAGCCAGCGGCAAUGCGGAGGCAGCUGAAGCGGGCAACGGUUACCAGACGACAGAUCUGCAGCAGCAGCAGCAGCAGCAGCACCUCGACGGUUCCGGCAGCACCCAGCUGAUAACGGUGCAUCAGCAGCUUAAUGGCAAGUAUCUCAGUGCCGAGGAGGCUAAGUAUGUCCAGGUGCAGUGCCAGCCGCCGACGGGACUGGACGACAAUGGCGCUGCCUGUCACAUGGAUGCGCAUCAUUAUGUCAGCGCAGUCGCGGCUGCGGCAGCGGCAUCCGGCAGCGAUGACAACGACAGCGGCCUGCAUACUGUGAUCAAGAGCGAGGAUGCAGGAGGAGUCGCUGUGCAGCAGCAGCAGCAGCAGGCGCAAAGCUAUGUCCUGCCGCCUUUUUUGAACUAAGGGAAAUGCUCACACAUCGACGUCGGCAGCAGCGGCGCUCUGCCUCUGUCGCUGCCAGUGUCUACGCAGCAGCAGCACGCUUUAAGCGGCCAUUUUGAGUUUUUUUCUUGCGUGCGUGUGCAGCAUUUCAAUAACAGUCAAACAGUGCUAGAAAAUGUUAAACAAUUAGCUGGGCGGAUCUGCCGCCUUUUUCGAACUAAGAGAAAUGCUCACACAGCGACGCUCUGCCUCUGUCGCUGCCAGUGUCUACGCAGCAGCAGCACGCUUUAAGCGGCCAUUUUGAGUUUUUUUCUUGCGUGCCUUUGCAUGCGUGUGUGUGUGUGUGCAGCAUUUCAAUAACAGUCAAACAGUGCUAGAAAAUGCCAAAUAUAUAGAAAAUGUGGAUCACAGCCAGUGUUGUUGCCAUUGGUUCCUUGUAACAUUUAAGCGUAGUUUAGUUGACCGACAACAACAAAAUCGACAAGUCUUGCCACAACUUAAUGCUACUUUAUUAGUCUUAGUUUCCAAAGAAAA